ACAGAGCCGGAGCUGGUGUGAAUGCAGAGAGGAGGGGAAAGCAGAGCUCAAGCGAAAGAAGGUUAGCCAGCAGCGAGUGAAGAAAAUGGCGAUCAUGCAGGACGAAUGCCUCCCCUCGUAGAUGCUGCAAACGCGUUGAAAUUCUUUUAGCCUUACAGCCGGCUUUCCUUUCCACUCUGUUGCACUUUAUACUUCAAUGAGAGAUUCGGAAUUGAAAGCUGUUGCCACCAAAGAAACUGAAGCAUCUUAACAGGGAACUCACCCAUAGAGGGAAGAACAGUGGAUGGAAGAGAGAGAGAGACAGAGAGUGUGACGAGGAAGGAGGACAAGACGAUACAGGACAGGACAAAAGUGCCAGAGCAUACCAAGUCCAGACAGUCCUAAAUCAGAACCACAUUCCCCUUUCCCCCUCCCCACACAUUUACACACAGACAAACACACACACACAUACAGUCUUCAGCACGUCUUCAGCAAUGCCAAGAGGGCCUGAUCAGCCUGCUGCCCGCUCUGACAAGUCCUGCCUCUUCGCCACAAACCCUUGAGGCUGUGUCCUCUGAACUUUGACCUUUGACCUCCCCCUUGUCGAACUGGGAACCAGAGGUCACCGGUUUGCCACCCAGCUUGGGGACGCUCUCCAGUUGAGCCAGGAGUCGCAGCCACCAGCCGCUCUCACAGGCAUGGCUCCCAUUCGGGAUUCCGUCAGCCACUCCCCUAAUCAAACAGGUCUGGAGCAUCCUGGCUUGGACUCACAGUAUGAGCCUUCACCCUGGUCCUCUGGCUCUCCCUGCAGCAGUGACAGCAACACCAACUGGAGUAAAGUCCUAGUGGACGGAAGCACUGACAAACCCAACAAUCCCUCUUCAACCAACUCCUCUGUCUGGCCCCCCUCCUCCUCUUCAUUCUCUUGCUCCUCGUCUUCUUCCUCUUCUGGCUGUGGGUCAGGAUCAGACCCUGAGUUGGCAUCAGAAUGCAUGGACGCAGACUCUAAUUCCUCGAUCGGUUCAGAGAAAAGCCUUGCCGCUGUUGCUGUGACAACAGUGAUGAUGAUGUCAGCAAAUGCUUCUUCCUCUGUGUCUUCUACGACUUCUUCUCCCUCAUCCUCUUUGGUGACUUCUGCCAUGAUGGUCAGUGUUUCAGUGAAUGGAGAUAGCAACGGCAACAGUCGUCAGGUUAUGGGUGGAGGGAUGGGAACCAUCAGUGGUGCAAAUAAUGGAAAUAAUAACAUCACUGGACCCUCCCACUACUCUUUAGCUGGCUCCACAAGUAUUGGCAGCAAUAACAUGGGUAACCACAACAACAAGCUUGUCAGUAACAGUGGUAUAUGGGGCACCCAGUCAGGCAGCAACAUGAUCACCACAGGCGGAAGCACCUCGUGCAUCAAUGGAGGGUUAAACCCAAACACUUUAAACCCAAAUGCCAACCACGGUGCCUGGCCGCAGAAUCCAACCCCAAGCUCAGCAUCCCAGAGCCAACGGCCUCCACAGGCUCAGGGGAUGAGUUCCAAACUUGGUAUAGCUCCCCAACAGGGCCCCUUGCUGGGCUGGGGUGGCAUGGCAGCUCCAGAAAACAGCAGUAUGAUGGAAGACACUGAGGUGAAUAAUGGUACAACAAACAGCAAGGUGUUAGGAAGCAGCAGCAGUGGAAAUGGUGGCCUGCAGCCUACCAACCUUAACACUGAAUCCAAUGGACCAAAUAACACUAUUAUGAUGAAUACUACUACUACUACUACUAACGCCACAAUGACCUCUACUCCACCAAACUCUACAGCCUCUUCCCAGCUCAGCGGGGAUUGUUCCUGGGGCUCCAUUGGAGGAGGGAAUGGGGGUCCGCUGGCCAAUGGAAACACCUCAUCAACCCCCCAGCAACCCCAAGGAGAGCUGGGGGGUCCUGGGGCCUUCGGUACGCCUUGGGGCGCAACUACCUACCCUGGAGACAAGGGCCCCCAAAAUGCAGACACUGUGAACCCCCAAAACCCUGCCUUAAUGCAGGCUGGGAACCCCCAAAUCUCCUCUUCUGCUGCUUACAAGAGUAAUAAUAACCACAAUAACACUGCGGCCCCACGCUGGGAUCAGGGGCCCGCCAAUAACCCAAACCAGCCUCAGAGCAACUUGUCCUGGGGUGUCGGCUCAAAUCAAAUCCCAGGCUCUGCAGGCCAAACACCAGGAAACGGGAACCAUACUACAGUGGGUCCUCCAGCAGGUAUAACCUGCCCCUGGGGGAGCAGUGCAUCAUCUUCUUCCUCAUCAUCAUCAUCCUCUUCCUCAUCUAACAAGAUGUCAAAUGGAGAAUGGGGAUCUUCAGCUCCCGGUAACAGCCACUCAGAUGCUGGAAGUCAUAAAGGAAGCUCUGCCAACAAUGGCUGGAAGAGCCUGGAGGAUGACGCCAUGGGCAUGGGAGGUGGUGGACCUGGAGGCCACAGCUUGGGGAACGUGACCGGAGGUUGGGGUCAUUCUGGAGGGAGUGAAGGAAGUGGUGAAAGCUCAGGCGGCCGAUCCAGCUCAGACAGAGACAACGGCCAAAAAGGGGGAAACCGCAGAAAAGGUGCCCCAACUGCAGCGGUGUUAUCAGCUGUGGCCCGGGCCGAUGUAGACCCAAGGGUUCUGUCAAACAGUGGAUGGGGGCAAACACCUAUCCGACAGAACACUGCAUGGGAUGUCAAUUCUCCCCGCAAUCAGCACCAGGGUCCCAGAGGAGAAGAAAGAAAGCAUAGUGGGGGCUCUGGCUGGGGCUCAGGAGCACCUGCAGCUUCUACCCAGAACUCUGGAGGCUGGGGAGGUGGGCCAGGCAACUCGGGCCCUGAUACUGGAAGCUCUGGGUGGGGAGAGCAGAGACCCACGUCUGGUUGGGACAGCAAAGCUCCAGGGAGUGGAGGAGGAAAAAGCAGUUGGGAUGAUGGAGCCAGCUAUAAGGGGAAUAAUAAUUCUAACACCUGGAGCAACAACAUCAACAAAGAUGACAGGUCCAAUACUUGGACAAAUGCACCCAAGCCACAGCAGGGCUGGGGAGGCAACAGUGGAAGUGGGAGUGAAGGCUGGGGUAGUGGAGAUAGUGCCAGAGGAGGGGCCAGUAAUCACUGGGGAGAACCUCAAAAAGGUGCCGGCUCAGUGGGCUGGGACAGCGACAGCGACCGGUCCGGCUCUGGAUGUUGGAGUGAACCAAGUCGAACCAACACCAGCAGCAGUAACACCUGGAUAGGAAGUGGAGGGUCAAAUACUCCAGACCAGAGCACCCCAAAUCCUGGCUCAAACUGGGGUGAAUCAGUCCACAAGCCUAAUCCUCAGAGCAACAGUCAGGGCUGGGGUGAGCCAAUGAAGAGCAACCAUGGAGCUCAGAACUGGGGUGAACCCAGUCCUAAACCCUGCAAUCCUGCCAAUGAGUGGGGAAAAGGCCCUGAAUCAAACUCAUCAAGAGGCAACCAAGGCCCCAGCAAGCCCUCAGGGUGGCUAGGCGGUCCCAUGCCUACAGUUGGUCAGAAGGAAGAAAUGGCAACUGGUUGGGAAGAGCCUUCUCCAGAGUCCAUUCGUCGUAGGAUGGAAAUCGAUGAUGGAACUGCCGCUUGGGGAGACCCUGGAAAAUACAGUGGUGGAUCUGUCAACAUGUGGAGCAAGUCGGGCCAAACAGACCAGGAAGCCAUGGCCCCCUCCUCUCAGCAUCAGUCCCACCCAGGGCACAGCUCAAUGCACCCUCCUCAGCCCAUGCAACCCCAUGCCCAAGACAAGGGCUCUGGUUCUGGCUGGGGUGAGCCUUACCCCCAGCAGAAGGAGUCCUCUUCAUGGGGAGAGCCUGCUCCUGGUCCACCGGUGACAGUGGACAACGGGACAUCUGCCUGGGGGAAGCCCAUGGACACCAGCUCUGGCUGGGAUGAGCCCAGUAGGGACAACAGAGAGCCUGUGUCUGGGUGGGGUGGCCAGCAUAAGUCUGCUCCAGGUCCCAAGCCCAUGGAGACAUGGUGUGGAGAGGAGGUGUCCAUGAGCAAUAGCUGGGACCAGGAAGAGGAGGUGGAGAUCGGCAUGUGGAGUAACAGCCAACAAGACAACCGGUCCCAUGACCAAAACACUUGGAACUACAACAAGCAAAAAGGCUCCAACAAGAUGAGCAAACCAGUCAACAAACAAGACGAACCUUGGAUGAAACCCUUCAUUAACCAGUUCAACAGCAUGAACUUCUCUAGAGACUCUCCUGAUGACUCCAUGAAGACAGGAGCAGGGAUGCAGGACAAACGUAUGGACAUGGGCGGAAUGGGAGACUUCAGUGGAGUGAUGGGGAAGAACCCUGGGUCUCGACACCAGCUCCAUAAGGAGUCUGCCAUGGAUCGCAGCUCUUACUAUGACAAGCUGUCCGUUUCCCCCUCUGCUUACAAUAGUCCAGCUUCUGAUGAGCUCUCCUCCAAUCAAAUCAUGAGCUUUCCCCCUUCCACUCCUACUCAACCUAUCCCUUGUCUCGACUCUGGGCCAUCUCCUGCCCAAUCUAGUCCUGUGGCCACUCGGCAGAAUGUAAACCCUAUGAUGGGUGGCAGCAGCGUAGCACAGGGCCGAGGCGGCCCCCAGUCCCAGGUCCCCCCCCAACCCAACCUUCGCAACCAAGUGCCUCCACCCAUCCUCCCUUCUCAGGUCCCCUCCCUGUUGAAGUACCCAGGAGGUAACGGAGGUCUGAACCCUCUGUUUGGCCCUCAGCAGGUGGCUGUGUUCAACCAACUCUCCCAGCUCAACCAGCUGUCACAGCUCAACCAGCUCAACCAGUUACAGCGUCUUCUCAUCCAGCAGCAGCAGCAACAGCAGCAGAAGGCUCAGAGCCAGAGAGCCAUGCCUGUGGGACGACAGAGUGAACAGGUAAAUACACGUCCUAUCGGCUCAUCCCCAUCAAUGAUGCAGCCGCCACGACACCUGGACCCCUCCCUGCUGAAACAGACCCCACCUCUUAAACCGUACCUGGAUAAUUACUUGUCCCACAAUGCCCCUGAGAUGCAGAAGGAUUCCACUGCUCUCGGAUCCUUCAGCAACUUCCCUUUAAGCUUGAACUCAAACCUGAAUGUAUCCCUGGACAUGGGUGUUGGUGGUGGUAGUAGUGGUGGCGGAGCUGUGAGCUACAAAGAGCCGCCCCAGUCCAGACUGAAGAAACUUUGGGCUACUGACCCUCUGGAGCAGAACAGCAAACCUGGUGCUAUGUCGUCUGGGCUGCGUCUGGAGGACUCUCCCUUCUAUGACUUCCUGUCUCCUGGCCCAUCUCCCCUGAGUCCUCCCGGCCAAUCAAUAGGCUCGGUGGGCGAUGGCUGGCCACCCCGUGCCAACUCCCCCCCACCCCAUGGAAACACUGGCACCUGGCCCCCAGAGUUCCGGCCCGGGGAGCCUUGGAAAGGUUACCCCAACAUUGACCCUGAGACUGACCCUUAUGUGACCCCCGGCAGUGUCAUCAACAACCUCUCCAUCAACACCGUCCGCGACACAGACCACCUCAGGGACAGGAACAACGGGCCAUCCUCAUCACUGAACACCACGAUGCCUUCUAACAGUGCCUGGUCAUCCAUUCGUGCCUCCAGCCACAGCGGUUCCCUCACCAGUACAGCACAAAGCACUUCAGCCAGACCCAGUGACUCAAAGUGGUCUCCCGGUGGCGGUUCUGUGUCCAACUCCUCCCUAGCCCAUGAGCUGUGGAAGGUCCCCCUGCCUCCCAAGGCACUGUCUGUGGCGGCCCCCUCCAGACCACCACCCGGUCUCACCAGCCAGAAGCCCAGCUCUGCCGCCUCAGGCUGGGAUGGCUCUGCUCUGAGGCUGGGGGGCUGGGGCUCCUCUGAGUCCAGAUACACACCUGGUUCCAGUUGGGGCGACAGCAGCAGCUCAGGGAGAACCCAAUGGCUUGUCCUGAAAAAUCUCACACCUCAGAUUGACGGCUCUACCCUGAGGACCCUGUGCAUGCAGCACGGCCCUCUGAUCACAUUCCACCUCAACCUGCCACACGGUAACGCCGUGGUAUGCUACAGCUCCAAGGAUGAGGCCGCCAAGGCCCAGAAGAGCCUGCACAUGUGUGUUUUGGGGAACACUACUAUUCUGGCUGAGUUUGCCAGCGAGGAGGAAAUCAACCGUUUCUUUGCACAAGGGCAGACGUUGGCCACCCCCUCCUCUGGCUGGCAGACCAUCGGCUCUUCUCAGAGCAGAAUGGAGCAGUCUCACCCCUUUCCCAGCCGCGCUCCUGAACCUAACCAAUGGAACAGUGGCGAUCUCCACAGCUCCUCCCUCUGGGGCGGGCCCAACUAUUCCAGUAGCCUGUGGGGGAGCGCCAGUGGCACCGAGGCAGGGAGGAUCAGCAGCCCUUCUCCAAUCAGCUCCUUCCUCCCGGUGGAUCACCUCACAGGGGGUGGGGACUCCAUGUGACCCACCUGCCAAUCAAACAGGUUGGGGAAGGGUCAGUAGAGAAUUAUCAAUAAUCAGCUGAAGAAAAUAAAAAAAAAAAAAAAAAAAAAAAAAAAGUAGUUAUAAAUGCAAUGGCACUAGUUGGACUCUUUCUCACUUACAAGAUAUUCAACAAAGCGGGGUCUCCCCUGUGGAAAACAAGUUACGUUUCUCUCUCUGCACAUAUGUCCACUUUGUUUUAGCCCAAAAACAUAUCAGUUGGAAUACUUGAAUCAUGCAGGCCAAUUCUAUAAUGUGAACGGAUGGAUAUUUGCUUCCAGGUAGUGCUCUUUCAGACCGAAAAAAGCUUCAAUCGAGCUCAUUAUUAAUAUAUAUAUAUAUAUAUUUUUUGUUUCAUUUGUCAUGUUUAUUUGAAUUCCAAUUCUUUUUAUUUUUAACGUUUUCUUUUUGUUUUAUUUUUUUUGCAUUUGUUUGCUGACAAUGUUGGAGUAUGAGCUUUUUUAACUUUGCACUGAAUGUGGUUUUUUCUCAGUAUAUAUAAUCUGCAAUAUAGAGGGAGCAGCCAGUUUUUCCAGUGUAGCUGUUUACUCAUUGAGGUCCUUACCGUAUGUGUGUAUGCGUGUGCAUGCACACGUGUGUAUGUGUGUGUGGAAGUUGUGUGCGCGCGCGCGUGUGUGUGUGUGUGAGUAUGUGUGCGCUCCUCUCUGCCUUGGCACGCCUACCUUACUGCGUUGUCGUGGAGUUCAAGAUCAACAGAUAGUUAAAAGAAGAAAAAAGCUGACUUAGGAGGAUUAUCUGGUGAUAGUAAAAGUGACAUUAAAAGUAUUGCACCAAUUUUGUUUUAAAACUAAAGAACGUUGAGCUCUGCAGUGCAAAGGACUGUAGCCGCAGCUGGGACUAGCAAGCCCCGCCAAUCCUAAUAUAGGAGGCGGAGCCUAUCUAGCAAGCCCUCCCGUUUGUCCCCUAGCGGGCAAUGGGAGGAACAGCACUUUCAGAAUAGGCUUUCAAUGUUUUGGAGGUGCCACACUGCAACCUCUUGUUUACAAGACUUAGGAGGCAAAACGUGUGUUCAUUCUUCAUUUUAAAAAGAAGAUGGAAAAUAAUAGAAAAUAUGUUUUAAAAAAAAAACUAUAAAACUAAAAAAAAACAAACUUAAAAAAAAUUAAGAAAAUAAACAGAAAAAGUACAAAAAAAAAAUUAUCUCUUAUUGAGGAUGAAGACGAUGCUUUGUAACUCUGGGAAUUCGGAUCAGUGUUUUUGGCCAUGGCGUUGGUUAUUUGAACUAUUCCUCUUUGUCUGCUAAAUAACCAGCAAUGGUUCUCAGGAAAUUAAGCCAGUUUUCCCCCCCUUGUAGUUGAAUAAAAAAACUACUACUCCUUGUAGGAAAGGAAAAUCCAACUUCUAGCACUGAAAACUAUGUAUAGGUCUCUCUAAGUUUUUUUUUUUCCUCUGCCAAAUAACUGCUUUAAGCUGGAGAAGCUCAACACACUGCUUUCAAUAUGCUGUCUUGUGAUGGAGGGAGGGGGGUCCUUUCUGUGGAGGGGCGGAGGACGGGCUUUAGAAAUCCCAACGCUCCCUCUCUCCUCCUCUCCUCCACUCCACUGAUGUAAAAAAAAUCAAAAGUGGGGAGUGUUUAUCGUGUGAGUGUGUGACUGUCAGUGGAAAUGUUCUGUCUUGUCGGACUUAAAAACCAAGAGAAAGGCGAAUCUGUACCUAUGCAUACUGUAGCCUCUCACAUGGCCUACUGAGAGGCAUUUGUUUAGGUUUUUUUUUUUUUUUCCUUUAUUUCUCCGUGUCUCACAAAAUGUUUUAAAUGUUUCAUAAAGUACAACAAAAUGCUUUUUUUUUAAUUGCUCUCAUUGCCACAAAUGGUGUUUUGAGAAAAGGAAAAGAAGAAAAACUUAAAAAAUCUUGUUUUGGUUGAAGAUAAUAUUUUACCAGUGCAAAAGUCGUCCACAUUUCAUUGCCUUGAUCCUAACUGUGUCCGAAGAUGCAACAAGUCAAGUGGCUUCUACCUGUUUACAAAUAGAAUAUGAUUGUAUUGUUGUACUGUUUUUUCUUUUUUUUUUUUUUCUUUUUUUUUUUUUUUCCUUUGGGGUGGGGUGGGGGGGUGCUCAUCUGAAGUUCCUGACCUGAUGAAUCGUGUGUGUGUGUGUGUUAACGAUGCUCUGUACCGGCAGAUGUGAGUUCCACCGCUGGAGGGGAGGGUCUAUGUGGGCGUGUGAGUGUGUGUGUGGGGGGGAAACAGUGUGAAUGUAAUCCACCAGUGGUGUUUGUCGACAAAAAUACACUUGUGAAUAAUAGAAUUACCUAUCCACCAGUGAUUGUUUAGUUACUAUAAUGCACAAUUUUCGGGGAAAACAGAAGCUUCAGAGAGUGCGUGAACGAAAAGUCAGCAUUAGCGAAGCCAUGGACCUUAAUUUCUUUUCUUCAUCGUGUUAUUAUUCUGUGUUCUGUGUGUGUGUGUGUUCCCCCACGCAUAUAUAUAUAUAUAUAGGUUUUUAUUUCAGAAGUACUACAAACGUUGGCUUUAGUUGUGUUUUUAAGUUUAGCCGUGAAUAUUUAACAACUUUAAAGCAUAUGUAGUGAGACAGAACCUUGAGUAUUAGCCAGACUUGACAUUGGUGUGUGCCAGUAUUGAACUGCUCUCUACCAAAUAAUUCAAUCAUACAAAAGAAUAGUUUACUUAAUUCCAGAUUUCUUUGCUUAAACUAUAUCUCUUAUUUGUGUUCUUUUUUUUUUUUGUCUUGUUUAACAAAUGUUAUCAAGUGGAACAUCUGAACCAUGGUUUUCAUUUGUUUUUUGAGUAACUUAAUUGACACAUUGAAAUGAGGAGCCUUGGAUUUUUGCACUUGAGUGGAUUAAGAGGAACGAAGAGUAAAGGCUGGCGAUGGUAGCGGUGUAGUUUGUAUUUCCAGGACUUGUCCGGGGGUCGAAGGUGCGUCUGUGAGAGUAUUGCGACAGGGUAAAAUGUGCGUGUGUGUGUGUGUGGUUGUCGUCUGCGUGUUCUCAGCUGAAGUGGAAGUGUUCGCGUUGUGCUGCGACUGAGAUGUUGGUGCUUUGUUGGUCCCAGUGACGGAACGAGAGGAGCAGGAGUGGAGCGUUGUUAUAUUUUUUUUUCCUCUCCGUGUUUACCUCCUUGUUUACCGGGCCGAACCAUGCCGCCUGAACUGGGCCAGAAUGUAGCUUAUAUAAUAAAACGGUUUAAAGUAACAGCCGGAGCCUUGAUCAGCCUCAAAUACACAGAAAAAUGAGAUAAAAACAACCACUUCUGAAUGUUUUUUUUUUAACUAAGUAUUCAUCUACUGUUUUGACUGCACCUGGUUGUCAUGGUGAUAGGUGGUGGCCACAGAUGAUGCUCGCGCGCUGAGCUUGACUGAAACGAGUAGAGGCUUCCCGUUGACCCGUGGCGACUCAGGCAGAGCGAUGUGACUUGCGAUCGGCUGCUUUUUCUUCUUGGCUUUUUCAGGGAUUCGGGGUUCCACUUCCUGCCUCCCGCUGGGUUGGUCCAGCAUCAGCUCCCCCUCUCCGACUCCUAAGCUCGACUAACAGGAGAGGAAAACGCAUAACUGACACGGGGCACGUUGACUCCAAAUACUCAAAAUUCCCUUUCUACUCUCGAUGAAACUAUUUUACACUUUAUUCAUUCUGAUUCUGGCAGUGCAUCUCUCUGAAGCGCUGAUCUGGGAGCUGUUUUGGCCCCUCACAGUAUCCUUAGUAACCAUUAGCGGGACAAACGGCGCCCUGAUCAGACGCUCAGGAGGCAGCGUUGGUCUGCUGUUAGAGAAGGGACAAGCGACGUCUGUAAAACGCCUCUCAUCGAUGUUGAUGUUACUGUUCAUGUUCCCCUUUGCUCUGUUCGUCUCGUCCAAUCUACUGUCCUUAUGUGUGUUUGUUUGUUUGUUGUGGGAAGAUGCAAAACCCAGUCUCUUAUAGAAACAGUGUGUGAAUGCUGAACACAUUAUCAUGCCAAAUCAAGGAGGGAGGGUGAGAGGGAAGGAAAGGGAUUGUUUUGUUUUUUUUCUUUUUUGGUUGUUGUGUAUGUGUGUGUUUGUGUAUUAUAAAAAAAAAAAGCUGGACAAUGUUAAUGCUUGAAGAAAAAAAUGUCAUUUGCAAAAGGAUGAUGUGAGGAAAACCACCAUGAGCAAUGUACAAUCCCCAGGGCUGCCAAGCAGCUUCCCAUUAGGGCCAGAUGAGGGGAGGGAGGAGAGGAGGGAAGCUGGCUGGUGAUACUCUACUACUUUUUGAUAUUUAAGAAAAAUAAUGUGACUCUUGUUUUUCUCUUGACUUAACUAUCCUGUGAGCAAAUGCUAUAUUAUCAGUACUCAUAACACGCACCCAACGGCUCCUACUGUCGAUCAAAAAGCGCUAAGGCUAUAUUUUUGACUUUACACACACAAAGAAAAAAAAAAAAAAAAUCAAAAAACAACAAAAAAAAAAUCUAAAGAAAAUAACAAAAACUGUGAGAAUCUGCUGUCUGUUUUUGUCAUUUUACAUUUAGUAUAAAUACACACAAACCCUGAAAAGCUUUAGUCUAACCAGCACAAAGAUGUGGGUGGGCGGGGCGGGUGGGACUUUGAGUGGGUGGGAACAGACGGGUGGGGUGGGAGUCGCUCAGAGAGACUAUGCAGUGGAGUGUUUGAACCCAGGCUUCCAUGUCCACCUUGGGUUUUUUGCUUUCUUUUAAAAAAAAAAAAAAAUCCCAAAAAAUUUUUCAAAACACACUUGGGAUUCCCAAUAAUAUUCCUCAAACAUGUUGUGCCAUCGUUGAAUCGUACUAUUAAGUACAACUAAUAAUAAUAAAAAAAAAAAAAACUGAAAAAACCUUUAUUACCUAGCAACCGUCGGGCCAGUUGUAGCAGGAGAGGAGGACAGGUUAAGAUUUGCAAAGUCCAUUUGUUCAUUUUCACAGCUCGUCUUCUCCUCCAUAAGCUGAGGGGAGCGAGGCCGGUGAAACUGCAAAUUUUACACAACUACAAUGUUUUUUAUAGAGAUUCUAUCAAUCCACAGUGUGUAGUUGGAUCACCUGUAAACCUAUUAUGCACAUUGCUUUGGGAGACUGUUGAAACUAUAUAAUAUAUAUAUAUGAGAAUAUUAACGUACAGUGUCUAUAAUCAAUGAGAGGGAGUCUUCCUCUCUUACAAACACAACAGGAAGUACCUUUUUAUUUUCAAAUGUCUUCCUCGGGUCAUCUAAGGAUUUUAUCUUAAACUUCGGGGGAAACUGCACUUUUUGAAGGACAAUCUUUAUUUGUAUGGGUAUAAAUUUGACAAAACGAAGUCGCCUGAUAUUACAAGGUAUAGAAAACCAACUCCAGUGUGCUCUAAUAAUGAAUGUCUCCUCUGAUGCUGUCUAUUUGUUUGGUUUCAUUUAAUCUUUUUAUUCUCCUUCCUUUGUUGCUUGGUUUGUUCUGUAUUUUUUUUUUUCUCCUUUUUUUCUGGAUUUUAGUGCUCUUAAGAGAAUCUGUACUAAGGUGUAGACUAGUAGGUAGUAGGUCUUCUGUUGGCUGUACUCGUAUACUGAUUACUGUUUGUAACCCUCUGGCUCCUGCAGCCAGCAUACAAAGCUGUAUAACUUGGGUACAACCCUCAAUAAAAGACUAACAAUGACUCA